AUUCAUAUCUAGCUGAAGACUUAAUACCAUCUUUUGGAUUAGGUAUAGAACAAAGCAUAUGCAUCCUAUAGCCAAAAGCUGACAGGAAUCAGCAUGGCCAUCGAUGGGAUUGAGAAAUGGGGUUGUAGAAAAAAGGUGGCUGUCAAACGACACCGCAGGUACAUCGGAGUUCCCUAGAUAUCCACUUCGAUUUAGCUGUUUUGUUUGUAGAAAGAAGAUUACAAAU